AAUAAAAUCUUCACCUGCUCUCGAUUAACCCACAGUGUUUGUCCACAGUUACAGAACUAGGUACAUAUGAAACUAGGACUUAUUAUUAUUGUUUAGCUAUAUGUUUGUCCUGGGCAAACCUUUCUAGAAGUAUUUCAGAUGUGAUGCUAUAGUAUGUGUGUAUACCAAAAAUGGCUUACACCCUUUUUCCACAACAAAUGUUCAUUUAUGUGUGAGAAUGCCCCACACAAGCUCAUACAUGGUUUAAUGGUGCAUUGUGUAAGAUUAAGUGCCAUCUAGUGGCAAGGAUGCAGAAUGCAACCAACUGAAUACCCCUCCGUCACCCUUCUCUUUCCAUGUGUUUAAGAUAACCUACGGAGGCCAUCAGUUGCCAUAAAAAAAAAAAAAGUCCCUCUUUAGAGCCGAAUUCAUGGUUUGUCCGUCACUAUAGCUGGGCUACAGUAAAAACAUGGCGGUGCAACAUGGUGGACUCCGUGGAAACGGAGCUGCUCUCUAUGUAGAUAUGAAGGGAUCAUUUUAAACUGACGAAAACACAUUGAUUCAUUAUAACAGGUGAUUGAUUAUACACUAAUGAAAGCAUUAUGAAUACUAUAUAAAACGUCUGCUAACAGAUCCCCUUAAAUCCAACACACUGUACCUUAAGCAUUGCAUUUGUGUAAUCAAAUCAAAUCAAAUCAAACUUUAUUUGUACGGCGCAUUUCAUACAAGGAGGUAAAUCACAACAAAACCCAUUGUUCUGCCACUUUACUUAGCAACCCUCCGGGAGGGCGGGAGACUAUGGCAACUGACACAACUAAAUUUCGCCAUGGAUAAAGUUAGACUACUGAAGUAAAACAAGGCAGCUAUGUCCAUUCAGACUGUUUAAUAGGCAAAUCUGAGGUGAACUGUCUGUCUGCUUCUGGUGUCAAUGACUUGGUAUCAAAAUGCCCAGGACUCAACAAUUUGCUAUGGAGAACGUCCUGCUGUGGCUGGUCUGCUGCUCUAUCCUGGCAAGAAGGAGAAGAUGGAGACGACCAAUGAGAGAGCUUUCCGUCCGAGACCUGAAGCAGAGAGGCAGCAAAGGACAGAGAAAAAGACCAUGCUUCCGUCCAGCAUACAGCUUGAAGGUAAUUUAUCUACCAACAAAAAACAAAAUAAAAAACGGAACAAAUCAUCAUUUAUCUACCAACAGACAAACAAAAAAACAAAACAAAAACGGAACAAAUCAUCGUUCUGUUUGAUGAUGUUCAACAGGGCCUCAACAAAACCUGUACUUGCAGGUGAGCAUAGCUUCAUGACAACUCACCGCGAGGACUUCCGUGUUGAAGACUUCCAGCCAUAUUCACCUCUAAGGCAGAAAACACCAACAUGGGAGAAGAGAAACAUGACAAACGAGAGAGCACUUGUUACCCUUUAUCAACGGAACUUUCCACCACCCCUGCGCACCCAUCGAAAGUCAACCCCAGCUGUCCCACUACCUGAUAACCUUGGCUUUAACCCCUCUCUCAGGUGUGAGUUCCUAACAGUCCAAAAGGAAACGUACCCUUGUUGGGCCAUCACUGGGGACACCAGACCACAGCAGGAGUACACACGGAGACGUGACACGCCAUCCUCUGGUGGAAACAAGGUCUUGAGUCCCAUGCCCAAGACAACAGAGAAUAUUCCACAAACAGGCUCAGUUACAACAUAUAUGGAUAUGAAGAUUAAGAAAAAGGACCAUUUGUGAAUUAUUACAAGAAU